UCGAUCAGUUUCUGUUCUGUCUUGUGCAGCUCGUGCUGGUGGUGCAGUUCGGCUGUUCGCGUUACAUCUCACGACUUCUCGAGGUCUCUGCAAAAAUAGUUAGUGAUUGUUAAUUAUAUCCAAAUUAAAAGUUACCAUGGCUUCGCUCAAUUUAACAUUAUUGUCCAAAAUUUCAAAACUAACGCCUGUCAUGAUGAGCAACUUGAUGCGACCCGCGGUACAUAUCCGAGAUAUUCCCAUCGCUGGACAGUGCGCAUACCGUCGAUAUUCCAACGAAGAAGCCCCUAAGAAAGACGAUGAACUAUCCGAAAAUGAGAAGAAACUUACCAGCGACAUCGAAGGGCUCAAAAAGGAAACGGAAUCGUUGACUGAAAAAGUCAAAGAAUUUGAUGAUAAAUAUAAACGUGCUCUGGCCGAUGGAGAGAAUCUUCGGCGGCGAUUGACAAAGCAGAUCGAAGACGCAAAAUUGUUUGGUAUUCAAGGAUUUUGCAAAGAUCUUCUGGAAGUAGCUGAUAUUCUGGGCCACGCUACAGAAGCCGUUCCCAAAGAAGAGAUAUCGGAAAAGAAUCCUCAUCUAAAGAACCUUUACGAAGGCCUUACGAUGACCAAAGCACAAUUGAAUCAGGUUUUCAAGCGCCACGGCUUGGAAACAGUCAAUCCGCUGAAUGAGAAAUUCAACCCAAAUCUACAUGAAGCACUAUUUCAACAGGAAGUACAAAACGUUGAGCCCAACACAGUGGUUGUAGUGAGCAAAAUCGGAUACAAACUGCACGAGCGUUGCAUACGACCUGCAUUGGUUGGAGUUUCGAAAGGAUAAUUGGCUGGCAACUGGCUUGGCUGUUUGGUGGACAAUGUAUGAAUGUACUACUAGAAUAAUGCGAAAGGAUUCCAGUGUAAUUAGGAUUGCGCGUCUCAAACGGCGUCAAUUGUUGUAUAGCUACUAAGUAGAGCUACGGUGUUGCAAAGGUUGACCCGUUCAAAUGGACGAACAACAAAUAUAAUAAUAGAUGAGACAAAUAUAA